GAGAAAACGCGAGUUUCCGCACUUUUGCUUCAAAGAUAUCACCAGCUGUGUUCGUUUGUCUUUGCCCAACAACUAUGUGAAUUUUUAAUCGUUCUUAAUCCCAUACAAUCAACAUAUUUGAUGCACAUUAUAUAAUAUUUAAUUUAUUCGACAAUAUAAUUAUAAAAAAUAUGUCGGAGAAUAGGACUUGGUUGGCGCAACGAGUUCUGAGGUGCGACGAGUUUGUGAGCAAAGAAAAUGACCGUUCAAUCGGAAAAUCUAACGAAAGUAAUAAUAAAGUCGAAAAGAAAAAGGGAUUGUCUGUAAAUAUAGAAACUCAACCGACGUCCAAUGUACAAUCGGUACAAUCGUCCGUCAUCGAUAAAAGUAACUUUCGAGUUUAUUGCGACAAUGAACAUAUUCGAUCGCGUUCCCGUAUACGAAAACCCGUGGAUAGGAAACGGCUUAGAUCGAAAACUGAUUCCGCGGAAAAGCCAUCAUCUUCGACACUUCGCAAAGAGCAGGAAGAAAAUGUUUCAAAUUCCGACUUACGCACUCUUUUCGCUCCUCGUAGAUCAUUUUCUUCGAUCACUUCUCGAACAACUAGAAAAUUUCCGCAAAGAUCAUGUUCGGAAAGCAGACAACCUUUGUCAUUUGCACAACACGAAAAAAAGACAUCGGUAACUCCGAGCCAACAGGUUUCACAAGAUGUUAAACAACGAACGAUUGCAAGUAUUCAAGAAUGGAAGAACAGAAUGAGCAAACCGCAAAGUACUGGUACCAUACCGAAACAAAACACGAAGAAAUGUUCUAGCACGCAUAAGAAAAUAAAACUUGAAAGUAUCAAAAAACCGACAUCAACAACAACCGACUCCUUAAAGCCUAAAAACAAGCAUUUGUUAGAUGAAGUAAUACCAACCGUACCCAAUAAAAACAUUUUACAUCUGCAAGAGAAUAAUGAAGAUAAAAAUAAAUCACAAAAUAAAAGUCGCUCUUAUGUUGAAAAAUGUUCGGGUAACUUCAUCGGUACAUCAUCUCCUAAAAAGAUCGAGACGUGCCAUGAAAACUUCGAGCACGAAAUGACACGUAUUUUUACAAAAGUAAACGAGGUCAAAGACGUUGACAUAACACUGAGAGGCACAUAUCAAUUCACAAAUGAGUGGCAUAUGGAAUAUGUGGCAGAAAUUGAACGCGACAGAGAAGAAAAAGCUCCGAAACUCAGUUCUCGUUUUUUACAUGAAAAUAUAAACGUGCAACAAAGAAAAGUCAUCGUAGAAUAUCUGAUUCGUCUUGGUGUACGCUGCCAUUACCCGUCAUACAUAAUUUAUCAAACUGUCAAAUUGUUUAAUAUUGCUAUUGACAGAAUUUUAGUGGAGUUGAAGAAUGUACAGUUACUGGCUUUAACGGCUUUAUGGAUAGUUCUCAAGCGAGAACUAAUUUUCCAUAAAGUACCAUCGGUGAUUACUUUAUUGAAAAAUGCAAAAGACAUGUAUAUUAAUCAGGAGAAACAAUUAUUGCAAUAUGAGAAGAAAAUUUUGUCAGUUGUUAAGUUCAAUACACGGUUUGCCGAUCCAUAUUCUUUACUUUUAUAUUAUAUAAUUCGAGUAAACCAAGACAGCCAAUAUCUAAUUAAUAAUACUGACAUCAAAACUGUCUACUUCUGCGGUAGUUAUCUGCUCGAUGUAUCCAUGUUAGAUGAGACCUUAUGUAAUAUUUCGGAAUGUAUUUUGGCAAUGGCUGCAGCGGAGUUGGCACUCCAUUUUGUAUGCCCGAAUACUUCUCAAGUGAGUCAAGCAUGGUGUAAGCUUUGGAGACGCAAGCAUCUCAUGGAAUGGGAAGAGCGAACGAUAUAUUUUGUGAAGCGAAGAAUUAUACAAUAUGCCGCCAACAAUGAUUCCACCACCAAAACAAAUUCACACAUUGUAUACAACAAAUAUUUAAGUUGUUCAUACUGCGCAAUUUCGAAGUUUCUUUAUAAAAAAGUAAUGUCCGUCUUUUUCAUGUCAGAAUUUUCACAAGAUUAAUGUUAUUAUGAUGCAAUUGUGUUAAAAUACUUAAUUUUACUAUCGUACGCGGACUAUAUAUGUAUAUAAUAUCUAAUUGAAUUGUGCGGUAUGUGUAUAUUUUAUUGUUAUUAUUAUACUUGAAUAUGUAAUACGUGCUGGUCACGAAUAUUGUACUUUUUUAAAUUACUGUUUACUUUUUAGAAAAACAAAGUUUUUACAAAGUUAUACAAGUCUAUAAAAAUGUUUGUUAAUUGUAAAUUUGAAAUUUAAGUAAAAAGUUAUCUACACAUAUCUAGCACAUCUACACGUAUCUCACACAGAACCUCCAGACAUCUAUUAAAUUCUGUCAAAUUACAUGUGAAACAAAUAAUUUUCACACAAAAUACGUAGAAAAAUUAGAUUAUUUGUUUUAAAAAGCGUCACAGACAUCCUGACAAUCGUAUGAUGCAAAAAUGAAGUGUGAUCAAAAUAUAAACUUUCCUUAAUCUUAUCA